AUGCCCUGGUCCCGCUGGGCACUUGUGGCCAUAGCAGUGGCUGCCGGAAUCCUGGUUGUUGUCACCUCCUGUGUGCCAUCCGGUGCCGCCCGUCGCCACUGUCACAACAAGAAGCCCAGAGACAAGGAGGCCGUAGCUCUGGGCAGCACCUCCGGAUCCACCACAGCCCAUUUGGUGCAGCCAGAUGUGGGUAGUCUGGAAUCUGGGCCAGGGGGCCCGUGUCUGCUCCUCUCCUUGGAGUAUGACUUUGGGAGUGAGGAGAUCAGGGUGGGCCUUAAACAGACAGCUGACCUGAGCCCCGCAUCCUAUGGCACGGCUGACCCUUAAGCUCGAAUCAGCAUCUCCACCCAGGCCAGACAUGGGCACAAGACUAAGGUGCCCCGGGGCACACUCAGUCCCCAGUUUCAGGAGACCCGCUGCUUCCAGGUCCCAAAAGCUGAGCUACCGAGGGCCGCCCUACGAGUGCAAGUCCUGGACUUCAAGCGUUUUUCGCAGCACACACCGCUAGGCGAACUGCCCCUGCCAUUGGGCACCGUGGAACUACAAUAUGUUCUAGAGCAGCACCAGCUGGACCCACCAGGCGUAGCUCAGCCCAAGCAGACGAUGGGGGAGCUAUGCUUCUUUGUGCAAUAGAUGCCCAGCUCCAGCUGGCUGUCUGUGGUGGUCCUGGAGGCCCGGAGCCUGAACCCAGGACUAGCAGAGCCCUACGUGAAGGUCCAGCUCAUUCUGCAUCAGAGGAAGUGGAAGAAGAGGAAGGCCGCUGGGCGGCAGGUCACCACCUCUCCCUACUUCAAUGAAGCCUUCACCUUCCACGUGCCCUUCAGUCAGAUCCAGAGCGUGGACUUGGUGCUGGCGGUCUGGGCCCGAGGUCCGCAGUUCUGGGCUGGGCCCUUGGGGAAGCUGCUGCUAGGUGGUCAUGCUUCUGGUCAGUCCCUGCAGAACUGGACAGACCUGCUGGCCCAGGCCCGGAGACCCAUCACACAGUGGCAUCACCUGAGACCAGCCAGGGCGGUGGGCCAGACCCUGAAACUGCAGCCCCGCCGGCGCCUGCCCUUGUCCCCCUCCUAA